AUGGCUCUGCUGAAGGUUCUGCUGCUGCUGGGGCUGGGUGUUUCAGUGAACUCAGAUGUUUCUCUGCAGAAGAGAAUCAUUGGAGGUCAUGACUGUGCUGUCACGGAGCGUCUCUAUCAUGUUCGGUUGGAGAGCUCCAAUGGUACUCAUACAAGCUUGUGUGGAGGAUCUCUGAUCCACCCUAAGUGGAUCCUGACUGCAGCUCACUGCUGUAAAUCGGAGACAGGGUGGAUUAAUCUAGCAAAGUUAAAAGUUCAUCCAGGGACUAGUAGACCGGUGAUUUCCAGAAUCUACACCAAUCCUGUGGUUUAUGCUCCUGGAGAAUGGCAGCAUGGCAUCAUGUUGCUGAAGCUUCAGACACCAGUAACAAAUGUCCCACUUGCUCCGCUACCAGACUGCAUUUACAGUCUUAGAAAAGACGAUGUUGUUCAGCUGGCAGGAGAGGGAGCAACGACAACCGGCCCUAAUAAUCAGCAAUUAUCCUAUGCUGCUGCCGCACCACAUCUUCAGUGUGUCGACAUGAAAGUUGUUGAGACUUCCCAUUUCCUGCAGCCAUAUGGGCAUGUAUUCUUUACUGCAGCAGUGAACAAGGAUGUAUGUUAUGGUGACUCUGGUUCAGCAGCGUUGUUCAAUGGCAAGGUUCAUGGUGUGAUUUAUCCGGGUGGAACAAACUCUGCAUGUCAAAGACCAGUCAUGGAUGUGUGUGAAUACAUUGGAUGGAUAAAAACAAAAACCGGGCCAUAAAUGAAACAUAAACUAUCAUGAAAUAAAAUUAUCCUCAAAUUUCCUCUCAGAAAUAAUUGUAUUAUUAUAUCUUGACCAGUUUGAUCCACAUGUUUGUAGAAUUAGAAUAAAUCAAUAGUUUUGUUUUUUCUCAUCUAACCUUGAUCUCCCUAAUGGAUCUUUCUCUGUGUCAGAAAUGAACAAUGAAUCAAUAAAUGCACGAAAAAUAAACAUUUCCUGGCUGAUCGUC